UUCAGAUGGUCAUUUAAGUGAGACUGUGCUGGUACUAGCCAGACAACCUUUUUGCCAACUCAGUUAGGGCUAUAGGUGCCACCAUGUCAGCUCCAGCAAUUUCAUCUAGUCCCAUCCCAUCUGGGGGAAAGGUCUGCAUAUCAUUUCCAGAGAUCCUGAUGUUAGGUGAAUUUGUUUUUGGUGGCCUGGUUUGGAUCCUUGUGGCUUCUGCUCGAGUUGAAUUUGCGGCUGAUCAAGGCUGGGUGAUGUUUGUUUCAGUUUUCUGCUUCGUGAUCACUACAUUGCUGCUCAUCCUCUACACAGCUGGAGUUCAGAACAGUUCAUCUGCUUGGAUGGCAGUGGAUGUCUUCUACCACUUCAUCUCGGCCGUGUUUUAUUUAAGUAUCGCAGUUCUGGAAGCCAGUGACACGAGGUUCAUUUUAGUAGCCAGGAAUCAAAAGAAUUUCAGAAUCAACAUUGCUGCCACAGUCUUUGCAUUUGUGGCCACCUUACUGUAUACGAUACAUGGGAUAUUGUCAAUACUGAGAUGGAAGUCUUCCUCAUGAACAUCAGAAAACAAGCAGAAAAUGUCAACACUUUUACCAGAGGAUCUUUGUCCCUUCUUGAACUUGCUGAUUGCUCUUUCUUUAGCACUGUUUCGCAAAACUGAUUUAUAACCAGGCAAAGUGAAAAAUCGCACAACAUCAGCUUAUAGUCCAGGGGGUUUAUUUGGAAGCACUAGCUUUCGGAGCGCUGCUCCUUC